UAUUUAUUGGAUGUAUUGAGAUACAUUUUUUUUAUAGCAUUCUAGUUUUUUCUGUUACAAAAAAAAUAUUUCUUUAAAAUCAUGAGUAUAGUUAUUUUAAUGUUUGUGAGUUUGAUUUUAAAUAAUGAAAUCUCAAAUAGUCAAGUUCUACAGUUUGGUCCGUGUGCUGAUGUUAAAACUAUGGAAUAUUUCGAGUUGGAAAGAUUCUUAGGCCAAUGGUACGAGAUAGAGCGCUUCCCAACCUGGUACGAAGACUACGGCGCGUGCGCAUACAAGCGGAUCCAAGCUUGCGGGAGAAGGAUAGAAAUAGAACACGCUUUUGUGAGGGACGGAGUCAAAUACAUAUUACACGUGAACAGCAGUUAUGUGCCUGGGGAUGACGCUGUGUUUGUUAUACAGCAGAAUAACGUAGAUCCAAUGGGCGUGCCGUUCACAAUAAUCACAACGGACUAUACCAACUACGCAGUCGCAUAUGGCUGCAGCUUCAAUGAAUUCAUCGGAAUUAAGUACAUUUCAGCCUGGAUUUUAUCGAGGACUUCUACACUGGAACCUGAGAUUUGGCAGAAAGCUCGUUCGGAAUUGAACUCGCUACCAUACGCCAGUGUCGCCUACUUGGAGCCUGUACCACAGGGUGAAGGAGACUGUGACUUCCAUUGGACGGCGCAUGUGCAGUCUGUCAAUACUGAUGAUGUUUUGAGUAAUGAUUAAAAUUUUUACUAUUUAUA